AUGUUAGAAAAAUACCAUUUAUUAAGAAGAAGCUUCACGGAAAAGCCACCUUCAGCACUUAAGGGAGAAGGACCAUAUUUGUAUCUUGACAAUGGUCAAAAAGUUAUUGACAGUUCAGGUGGGGCUGCAGUCUUAUCAAUUGGGCACGGGAAUAAAGAGGUGGCUCAAGCAAUGGCGGAUCAAGCUUCAAAAAUAUGCUACGUUACUCCGUCAAACUUUACCAGUGAACCAGCUGAAGAAUUGGCUAGUUUAAUUAUAACAGAAGAAUAUGAAAAAAUGGGAUACUCCAAAGUGAUGUUCGUCAAUUCAGGUUCUGAAGCUAAUGAAAAUGCAUACAAGUUGGUAAGGCAAUAUUUUUACGAAAAAGGGGAAACUCAAAGAACACAAUGGGUUGGCAGGGAUAUUGCAUAUCAUGGAAAUACCAUCCUUUGUUUAACAAUGUCAGGUACGGCUCAUAGAAAAGCUCCUUUUGAAGAUGUUUUACCUUAUGGCAAUUUCCAUAAAGUAUCCACUCCUCAUCCUGCUCACUUAAAGUUGAAAAACGAAACUGAUGAAGAAUAUUCUGACAGAUUACUCAAACAAUUGGAUGAUAAAUUUCAAGCUUUGGGCCCAGAAACUAUUAUGGCAGUUUGGUUUGAACCUAUCCUAGGAACAUCUGGUGGCUGUGACGUUCCUCCAAAAGGUUAUCUCAAAGGUGUUAGAAGUUUAUGUAACAAAUAUGGGGCUAUGUUGGUUUAUGAUGAGGUUAUAUGCGGAAGUGGAAGAUCUGGAUCAACAUUUUUUGCAUGGCAACAAUUGAUAGAUGAAGGUGACACUUAUGCUGAUAUCCAACCUGAUAUUAUUACAAUUGGAAAAGCAUUAUGUGGAGGUUAUGCUCCAUUGUCAGCAGUAAUAAUGCAUGAGAAAUUUACACAAAAUUUUAUUAGUACAGGUAAGACAUUUACAUCGGGACAUACUUUCCAGUCACAUAUUGUUUCUUGUGCUGCUGCAAUUGUUGUUCAAAAGUAUAUUAGAACUAAUAAUCUCUUGGAAAACGUCACGAAGCAGGGAAAAUUACUUAAGAGCAAGUUGCAGGAAGCAAUUGGUGAUUAUAAAAAUGUCUUAGAUAUUAGAGGUUUAGGUCUCUUCUAUACCAUUGAAUUGGUAAAGGAUAAAAACACUAUGGAAUUGUACCCAAUGGAUUAUAAUUUUAGUUCUUUGGCUUACAAUUGUAUAUUGAAAUAUGGAGUUUCCGUGUAUCCAGGGAGGGGAAGUAUUGACGGUAAGAAGGGGUAUGGGUUUCUAGUAGCUCCUCCUUUCAAUGUUAACGAAAAGAUUAUCAUGGAAAUUGUUCAAGGUAUAAAGUUGGGAUUAAAAGACGCCAUGGAAAUUGCGGAGAAAGACUUAGCUUGA